GCACCUGACCUGCUGCAGCACUCUGAGCUACACGUUCUGCUCGGCCCCCCCAUGCCGGUGGACCUCAGCAAGUGGUCCGGGCCCUCGAGCCUGCAGGAAGUGGACGAGCAGCCGCAGCACCCGCUGCAUCUCACCUACGGCGGGGCGGCGGUGGACGAGCUGGGCAAAGUGCUGACGCCCACCCAGGCCAAGAACAGACCCACCAGCAUUUCGUGGGAUGGUCUUGAUUCAGGGAAGCUCUACACCUUGGUCCUGACAGACCCGGAUGCUCCCAGCAGGAAGGAUCCCAAGUACAGAGAAUGGCAUCAUUUCCUGGUGGUCAACAUGAAGGGCAAUGACAUCAGCAGUGGCACAGUCCUCUCCGAUUACGUGGGCUCGGGGCCUCCCCAGGGCACAGGCCUCCACCGCUGUGUCUGGCUGGUUUACGAGCAGGACAGGCAGCUGAAGUGUGACGAGCCCAUUCUCAGCAACCGAUCUGGAGACCACCGCGGCAAAUUCAAGGUGGCGUCCUUCCCUAAAAAGUACCAGCUAGGGGCCCCCGUGGCCGGCACGUGUUACCAGGCCGAGUGGGAUGACUACGUGCCCAAACUGUACGAGCAGCUGUCUGGGAAGUAGAGGGUUAGCUUGGGGACCAGAACAGUCUGUCCUGGAGGCCCCAAGCCCUGUUCCUCAGUUCAGUGUUGCAUGUGUAAUAGAUUUCUCCCCUCCCUUCCCCCCUUUGCACAGGCAAGACCUGAGCAGUCAGAUGGCGGUUUAGGGUGACUUUUCCUGCUGCCUGGCCUUUAUAAUUUUAGUCACUUACCCACUCUGAUUUAUGUUUUGGUCAAAUUUGAAUUCCAUUUUGGGGGAUAUUUCGGCACUGUGAUGGGGUCAUCAAAUUGUUAAUAUGAAAAUAGCAACCCAGAAUGUAAGGAAGAAAAAAAUUGGGGGGAAAAAGACCAGGUUUGCAGUGAUAGGGCAAAGCAUCAAAGAAUCUUUAAGGGAGGUUAAAAAAAAAAAAAAGGUUGGCUGCCUCUGCCUUUGUGAUCCUGAGUCCAGAAUGGGACGCAGUGGGGUUUUAUGGUGAUGUCACUCACCUAGACAGCCAGAAGCUGGCAUUGAAGCUUACCCCCAACACGUUGCAUCUCAGAUGCCUCAAUAGGCAUCGGUAUCUCGCUCUGGUCCCUUUAAAGAGCAGUCCUGGAAAGAGCAGUAGGGAGAGUGGCUUUGCUGUUGUUGGAGCAUGGCCAUCUCGACCGGCAGCAGUGCUGGCUGACAGCCUAGCAGGAAUCCCUAUAUCUGUGUCUGUUAAAUUGAUCAUUCUUCGUAGGAGCAAGAAACGCUGAUUUGAAGCUGCUGAACAUUGCAUUAAUUCUGCUAUUUGCUUAUAGUUGAAUAAAAAUAGAAACCUGAAUGAA